GCUCAUGGUUUCAGUAUAACGACCGUGUUCGACAAAGUCAGCCGUCCACAAUCAUUUAAAAAUGCCAGUUUAUUUGGCAUUUGUCUUAGUCCUGGUGGCUACAGUUACCAGUUCACCGUACAAAGGUUACCCACAAGAACAACAGCCAUCUAUUACCAAGAGUCAAUGGGCCUCCUUGAAUCCAGUGUACACUGGUGAUGCCGACAAACUCGAAAAGAUUCAGAAGCAAUGGGAGAAAUUCUAUGAUUACCUCCCUUGGCUAAAAGGACCUGCUGGCUCUCCCGGAAAAGAUGGGAAACAUGGAGCUCCUGGAUAUCCUGGUGCUGCUGGUCCUCCUGGCCUACAAGGACCUGCAGGCAAAGAUGGUAAAAAUGGUUAUCCCGGAGCACAAGGACCUAAAGGUGAUCAAGGCUAUCCGGGGGCUGCUGGUCCCCCUGGGCCACAAGGAACUCCAGGCAGAAAUGGCAAAGAUGGUUAUCCUGGAACACAAGGACCAAAAGGUGAUUCAGGAAGUCCUGGUAUUGCUGGCCCUUCUGGACCACGGGGACCUCCAGGCGCAGACGGCAAAAACGGCUACCCUGGUGCGCAAGGUCCUAAAGGUGAUUCAGGACCUUAUGGCCCUGCAGGAGCUCCGGGUAAGGAUGGAGCCCCUGGACUACCAGGAGCACCUAGUAAGGUACCAGGCCCUCCUGGGCCACAAGGACCAAUGGGCCCGUCUGGCUACAAUGGAGCUCCAGGGAAAGAGGGUCCUGCAGGUCCUUCUGGUAAGCCAGGCAAAGAUGGUGCCAAUGGAACUCCUGGUUAUUCAGGUCCGCCAGGCCAGCAAGGUCCUCCUGGCAAAGACGGCCCUGCGGGACCUCCUGGUAUCCAAGGUCCCUCCGGACCUGAAGGUAAACCUGGAGCUCCCGGUUACGCUGGUAGUCCUGGGCCAGUAGGACCUAGGGGACCUCAAGGACCUCCAGGCAAGCCGGGUGAGUCUUAUUAUCCAGAAACAGUAACUGUUGCUCCACAACAAUAUAAUCAAGGCCAUCAUCACAAGACCGUGUACGGCUAAACAGACAUUUUCGUUUCAACAACAAACGCUUCGUGACAAUCUGGUCUGCAUGUCGUAUUGUCCCGUAAUAAUUCAACUUCUAAUUGAUCAUCAUGAUGAAAUAAGCCGUGCAUUGAUGCUUGCUUACAUGAUAUUUUUGUAUGUUUCACUAUAUUAUAAACCAAUAGGGAAACAAAAAAUAAAAUUAACUGACACACAACA